AUGAUAGGAAGAAAUAUAGCACCUAUAUUGAAAACUAGAUCUCUUACAUCCUCUAGUAUUAAUCGUUCCUGGUUUCGUGACAUAUAUGGCCGGAAGAAAAAAAGUGUAACGGAGAUAGUAUCACAGCAGGAUAAAUAUGCCGAUAAAGAGGUUGUUACUAUAAAACACCUAACCGAAAAGAAUUCGGAAAGCUACCUCAAAAAUCUUGAGGCAAGUAAGGUAUUGCCAAAAUCGAAAGUAUCGGAUUGGAAACGUCACGCAACUAUACAUCCGAUGCUUUUGGAAAGUUUUUACACUAAGGAAAAAUUGCAAAGGGUUGUUGAUGAGACAUAUAAAAACUUGACAGGAAAGGAUAUUACACAUAGCCAAUACAAUACAGUUAGUUUAAACGAUAUCGAAUUCAGGUUUAACCUUGUCAAGAAUCUACAAUCUAAUCUAGGAUUUGAAUUGAAUGAUUUUACAGUAAGCAAGUCACAUGACUUGUUGACUUUAUACAAUUCGGUUGAAGAUUUCGUUAAUAGAAGAUGGAAAAACGAACGGAACCCAAAUGCUAUUGUAUUAAGACCAGAGGAUUUCACAGCAAAAAAUGUUUACAUCAAUGAAGAGAGGAAUGCAUUUGAAAAGAAUAAAGAAUUCAAUAAGAUCAGGAGGCAAAUGCAAUUGGCUGAGUCAGCACAACAAGCCAAAGACUAG